AUGCGUGGAAUGGAAGGAAAGAUCAUGGCACUUCUCUUGCUCCGAAAGACGUCUCACCGGACCCAUCUCUUUCGCCCAACUGAGAAAAUCACGGAGAUAAUCCCCCGACGCCGCUCACUGGUCGCAGCACCUGCGGGUGCAGCCCACCCCUCGCACCCCUGUUCCCGCAGCCGCCGUGCGCGCGGGGGGCUGCUGGCAGCCGCACCCCCCUUGCCCGCCCCCGGCCCCCCGGGGCAGGCGGUGGCUGGGGGGCCGCGCACCCUCCGCACUUCCAGUCCGCCCUCCCUCCCCGCCCCGUCCCGCCACCGUCCCCGUCCCCCCCCCGACUCUCUCCCCUCGCCGCUGGCACCAGCGACACCUCCGACCGCCCCGCUCCUCCCGGCCCCCGCCUCCGAGCAGGCUUUGUGUAAGCGGCACCCGCCACCUGGGCCGGGUGCGGCGGCACCGGUGUUGGCGGUAUCGGUCUCGGUGGCAGCGCGUCCCCGCACGAUGCCACUCCGCGGACGCCCCGCCGUGCUCCUGCCCCUUUGUCUGCUCUGCCUCCAGGCUGCGCUACCGCUCCGCGGCCACCGCGGCCGAUACGCCGGUGAUAAAGUUAUACGAGUUGUUCCUGAGAGCAAGAGGGAAACGCAGAUCCUGAGAGCUGCAUUUAGCAGGCUUAAGGUGGACUUGUGGCAGCCCAGCAGCCCCUUCCACAUCGUCGAAGGUACGGUCACCGAUGUGCGAGUACCUCAGAACACAUCCCGAAGUCUACUGCCCUACCUCCAGCAAGCAAACAUCCAGUACACGAUUCUCAUAUCAGACUUACAAGAAGCAGUAGAAAACCAAACUGGACUGAGGUCAUACAGGAAUCGAAGGUCCCUCUCUGAGCAUAAUUAUGAAGUGUAUCACUCCCUGGAAGAAAUCCAGGAUUGGAUGUAUCACCUGAAUAAAACUCAUUCAGACCUUGUUCACAUGUUCUCUGUUGGAAAAUCCUAUGAAGGGAGACCACUGUUUGUACUCAAGUUAGGUAAAAGAUCACGGCCCUACAAGAAAGCUGUCUGGAUAGACUGUGGGAUUCAUGCAAGAGAGUGGAUUGGCCCUGCCUUUUGCCAGUGGUUUGUGAAAGAAGCUCUUCAGACAUACCAGACUGAUCCUGCCAUGAGAAAGAUGCUAACUCAGCUGUAUUUCUACAUCAUGCCUGUGUUUAAUGUGGAUGGAUAUCAUUUUAGCUGGACAAAUGAUCGAUUUUGGAGAAAAACAAGAUCAAAGAACACCAGGUUUCGGUGUCAUGGUGUUGAUGCUAAUCGCAACUGGAAAGUGAAAUGGUGUGAUGAAGGUGCUUCAUUUCACCCAUGUGAUGACACCUACUGUGGUCCCUUUCCUGAGUCUGAGCCUGAAGUAAAGGCUGUUGCUCAUUUUCUCCGCAAACAUCGGAAACAAAUAAAAGCCUAUUUGUCCUUCCAUGCUUACGCACAGAUGCUGCUGUACCCUUACUCUUACAAAUAUGCAACUAUUCCAAACUUCAGCUGUGUGGAAUCAGCCGCCUAUAAUGCUGUUAACGCUCUUCAGUCAGCCUAUGGUAUAAGAUACAGAUAUGGUCCUGCAUCUAGCACUUUGUAUGUGAGUUCGGGUAGCUCUAUGGACUGGGCCUACAAAAAUGGCAUCCCCUAUGCGUUUGCAUUUGAGCUGCGUGACACUGGCCAUUUUGGAUUCUUACUUCCUGAGACGCUGAUCAAACCAACCUGCACAGAGACCAUGCUUGCAGUUAAAAAUAUUACUCUUCAUCUGCUGAAGAAGUGUCAUUGAGAGCUACUUCUAGGAGCUGGGAGUUAGCAUUUCACUCCCAGUGCUGAUGCCUUCUAGUGUGGUCAGUUGCCAUUCUAAGCUUGGCCACUUCAAAAUUAUAGAUGCUAAUGGAAAGUAUGGUGGUGUUUCUACCAGAUCUACUUGGUGGGAAAUGGAAAAAUCAUUUAAUAUCUUUUCUACAAAAGUCCAUAAAGUUGAUAUACUUAGUUACAGUUUGGUGUAAAAUAGUCUGUUCUUUUUGCAAUAAAGCUUUCACGCUGCAACUUCAGUGAAGCAGGUCCACAUACAGAUGCCUGAAAUAAAACUCCACUUCCAGACAGUCCCUGGACUUAGUCCUUUCCCUAACAGGAAGACUUCCCUUAGUAGGGUCUUUUGAACCAAGGAAUAAAGUUUACAUUCAUGUAUAUGUACUCUGUCACA